GUGUGUGUGUGUGUGUGUGUGCGUGCGUGUGUGUCGGGGCGGGGGCUAGGAACACGAGCUGUUUCCUGCUUGCCGUGAAUUAUUCACAGCACUAUUGUGUCGGUCGCCCUCACCUCUCAACACGUGCGCCCCAGGCCAGAGACCAAUCAGAGGACCCUUUUUCAACUAGUGACAGACUUCUGGCCUCACCUGUCCGCCGUGUCUGCUGGCUGUCUGGCCGUUUGGCAAACAGACGCCCAUGUUGUUCAUCACUGUGUCACAGACGGCCACCACGGCAGAGACAUGAGUCCCUCAACCCAUUGGUGUUUUUUUCUCCAGUACACUUUCAUUUCUCUAUCUGGGCCAGCGAAAGCCUGUUACAAAGCAUGUACCUGUCUCCCGGACUUAAAAUAUAUCAACUGCUCAGGUGGGAACCUCUCCGCCGCUGUCAGCAGCUUUCCCUCCAACACUGAGUAUCUGGACCUGUCCGAAAACCUUCUAACAGCCCUCCCGCGGGGCGCCUUCGAGGCACUCUGGGGCCUGAAGGUGCUGCUUCUCAGCACCAAUAACAUCACGUCGGUGGCAGCCGGGGCUUUCAUCAAACUCCAGAGCUUACAAAGGCUGGAUCUUAGCGGGAACCGGAUAGGUGCCCUGGGGGACUCCUUCGCCCUGGGUCCGGGCUCCCUGUCACAGCUCCUCUUGUCCGGGAACCGCCUCACCGCGCUAGAGAUCGGAGCCUUCCGCGACCUGGACGGCCUCGCCCGACUGGACCUCAGCGCCAACCUCAUCCAGCUGAUCCACCCGGGGGCGUUCGGCGGGGUGACGUCCCUUCGCCGACUCCACCUGGAAGGGAACCGGCUCCGGGUGCUGGGGACGGGCCUCUUCUCGACCCUGCACUCCCUGGAGGUGCUGGGCCUGCGAGGGAACCCCCUCGGCAGCCUGGAGCCGGGGGUGUUCGCCCCUCUUCCCAGCCUGGCCCUGCUGGACCUGAGCUUCAACCGGCUCUCAGCGCUGAACUUCAAGGCCCUGCUGGGCGUGCGCAGCCCCGUGGCACACGUGCUGCUGGAGGGGAACCCCUGGCACUGCGACUGCGAGCUGCAGAGGGUCUUCGACAAGCUGGGGCGGGUGCGUCGCAUCUCCCUGGACGACUACCGGGAGCUGAGGUGCAGCGAGCCCGCGGAGAUGAGGGGUCGGGCCGUGACGGAGGUGGAGGGCGAGCUCUGCGUCGGCGAGACGGUGACGGUGUUGGUCCUGACGCUGACGGUGCUCGUCACCGUGGCGGCGUCGCUGAUCAUGGCGGAGAGGAGCAAGAGGAGCACCGAGGCUAAAGAGGAGGAGGGCGGGGCGACGGAGGCGUACAGCUAUUACUACUAGGGGCAAGUGCUUUUUCAUGGGACAGCAUAAGUGAGGACCCUGUCAGAAGAAAAUUGCAGGCUAUUAAUCCCCUGUGAUUUCUCUCACAUUUCCCCGCGAUCUCGCUUUGUGGAGAAGGCAAUCGAGUAGGGAUAUAUUUUUUUUUAUUUGUGUCUACACAAAUAAUUGCCUUGACCUUUUAACGCAAGCGUGUGACUGUGGUUUAUUCUCCUGCAAAUCUUCAAAGAGAUGGAUAAAAAAAAAGAUUCCACAUCCACCCACUGACGAAUGAGAAUGAAGUAGACUCUUCUGCACAAGCCGUGUGAGCCGAGUAUUGG